GGGUAAACCACACACGUGCAAUUAUUGCGUUUCUCCUGAGCCAAAAUUCCGACGGGAUAUAUGAUACGCAUCUACUGGAUAUUCAUAUUCUUUUGAUCCCAUCGUCGUCCUCGUCCCCACUUAAGAUUUUCCCAGGAAAACAUUUGCUUGCGUUUGCAGUCCGUACCCUCAUGAUCCACAAGCAACGACGUCGCUUUCGGGCUGUCCCAUCGCAACCCAAACCACCUCACUUUGUCUUGGCUACCUCAUUGCAUAAUUAUCCCAUCUUUUUCGCUGUUCUUCGAAAAGGCUUCACCGAAUACCUUCACCAACUCUUCUAAUUCUCUCACAGCCUUUCGUUCUCUUUCCAAUAUUCUAUAUUUCCAUGGAUCCGCAAAAUUUUCUCCUCCUCUUCCUUUUUAUAUAAAUUUCGCAGCCUUUUCAUUUCCCUGUUAGGUAUUUUUGCAGCCUCUUUCCACGGUCUUAUUCAAACUUGGACAUGAUGGGGAUGGCGACUGUGGGAAGACCGUACCUGAGAAGUUGUUCCCCGGGACUGGCGCUCCGCUUCGAACCGUCGCCGCCGCCGACGAAGCUAGGGUUUUUAGGCUUGAAAAAUGCCGAUUCUUUGGUCAUGUUCAGAUCGAGGGACUCGUUGCAAAUGAAGGCCGUAGACGGGUCGAAGAGCGCGAGUUUUAAUAGGAUGAGUGUCACGGUGAUGACAAGAAUCCGGCGGAUGUAACGAAAUUAUGAGCAAUGGGAAUGCCGGGAAGAAGGGGAGACAUUUCGGGCAAUUAUCUACCCUUGCAAACUCAACGAAUAUUCUCUGGCAUAAAUGCGCAGUUGAAAAAGUUGAUAGACAGAAGCUGCUUGAUCAAAAGGGAUGUGUAAUAUGGAUCACAGGUCUCAGUGGUUCUGGGAAGAGCACUGUGGCUUGUGCUCUAAAUCAAAUUUUGCAUCAGAGGGGGAAGUUAUCUUACGUUCUUGAUGGGGAUAAUCUUAGGCAUGGCUUGAAUAAGGACCUUAGUUUUAAGGCUGAAGAUCGUGCAGAGAAUAUUAGGAGAGUUGGUGAGGUAGCAAAGCUGUUUGCUGAUGCGGGAGUCAUUUGCAUUGCAAGCUUGAUUUCUCCCUUCAAAAUAGAUCGGGAUGCCUGCCGAGCACUUUUGCCAGAUGGAGACUUUAUCGAGGUCUUCAUGAAUGUGCCUCUACAAAUAUGCGAAGAAAGAGAUCCUAAGGGCCUUUAUAAGCUUGCACGUGCUGGAAAGAUUAAAGGCUUUACAGGGAUUGAUGAUCCUUAUGAGGUCCCUUUGAAUUCCGAGAUAGUGCUAAAAUAUGGAGAUCCGUGUUCGUCCCCUAUUGAGAUGGCUGAAAAAGUGGUCUUUUAUUUGGAAGAGAAAGGUUACCUUCAAGCCUAAUAAUGGCGGCUUGUCCCUGCCAUCACAAUUUCGAAACUGUGCUUGCUAUACGGCUUGCUUUAGUAUCUUAUUCUACGUCUUCUGCCUCAUUGAUGAAGUGAUAAAUUUACUAGCAAAUUGCACUAAUUUCUCCUCAGGUUUGGUUAAAUUACGCCUUGUGCCUCAUGUUUCAAAGGUUUGGUCAAUCUCAGAGUUAUUGCUAUUUUAUUGCAAAAAUUGCCCCUUCAUUUUUUUUAUCAAUAUUUUUUGUGCUUCAGAAGAGCGAUUCUUUUUGCCCAAAAAAACAAAAAAAGAAGAGGUAUCAAGUGCAGUUUGGCCAAAUCUCAUGAGAGAAGUUAUUGUAAUUUUUUUAAAAAGGAGCAUUCUGGCUGUGUAUAUAAAUAACAGUGAUUGUAGUUUGUAGAUGAUAUUCUGAGAUCUGGUAGGCUAGGAUGCUUUUUCCGCCAAAUCCUUCUGUGUAAAAUUGACUUGUAUCCAUUAUAAAAUAAGAUGUCUAUUUAUUGAGUUGAUGAUGUAAGGUUGUAUGAUGUAUUAAGAAUUUGUACAAUGUGUUGUGAAUUUCUUAUU